GGAGCAGGGAGGCAGGGCGGGCUGCGGGGGCCGGGCUGCCCCACCGCGUCCUGCGGCACUCGGCACCGCCGCCCGCAGCCGGAGAGCCUUCCUCAGAAGCGCUGCUGCCGAGAAACACGAGCGCGUAAGUAACUGAAUGGGACGUGAAGAAUUGACGUUUAAAUGGCCAGCAUGUUGCAAAAGUCUGACAGCAAUGCAAGCUUUCUCCGAGCUGCCAGAGCUGGCAAUUUGGACAAAGUAGUGGAAUACCUGAAAAGUGGAAUAGACAUUAACACAUGUAAUCAGAAUGGACUCAAUGCUCUGCACCUGGCAGCUAAAGAAGGCCAUGUGGGACUGGUACAAGAAUUAUUGGAAAGAGGGUCGGCUGUGGAUUCUGCCACUAAGAAAGGGAAUACAGCCCUACACAUUGCAUCCUUAGCAGGACAAACUGAAGUUGUCAAAGUUUUGGUUAAGGAAGGAGCCAAUAUUAAUGCACAGUCUCAGAAUGGUUUCACUCCAUUAUACAUGGCAGCUCAAGAGAACCACAUCGAAGUGGUGAAAUAUCUCCUGGAGAAUGGAGCCAACCAAAGCACAGCUACUGAGGAUGGUUUCACUCCCUUAGCUGUUGCUCUGCAACAAGGACACAAUCAAGCAGUGGCCAUCCUGCUGGAAAAUGACACCAAGGGGAAAGUGAGAUUACCAGCUUUGCACAUUGCUGCCAGAAAAGAUGACACCAAAUCAGCAGCACUCCUACUGCAGAACGACCACAAUGCCGAUGUGCAGUCCAAGAUGAUGGUGAAUAGGACGACUGAGAGUGGCUUUACACCUUUGCACAUAGCUGCGCAUUAUGGAAAUGUCAAUGUGGCAACACUUCUGCUAAACCGAGGAGCUGCAGUUGAUUUCACAGCAAGGAAUGGAAUCACCCCACUGCAUGUCGCUUCCAAAAGGGGAAACACAAACAUGGUGAAGCUCUUGUUGGAUCGUGGAGGGCAGAUCGAUGCCAAAACCAGGGAUGGACUCACACCGCUCCACUGUGCUGCAAGAAGUGGACAUGACCAAGUUGUGGAGCUGCUUCUGGAACGAGGUGCCCCACUACUUGCAAGGACCAAGAAUGGGCUCUCCCCACUUCACAUGGCGGCCCAGGGGGACCACGUGGAAUGUGUCAAACAUCUCCUGCAGCACAAAGCUCCUGUGGAUGAUGUCACGCUGGACUACCUGACUGCCCUCCACGUGGCUGCACACUGCGGUCACUAUCGUGUCACCAAGCUCCUUCUGGACAAGAGAGCAAAUCCCAAUGCUCGUGCCCUGAAUGGUUUUACUCCACUGCACAUUGCCUGCAAGAAAAAUCGCAUCAAAGUCAUGGAACUCCUGGUGAAAUAUGGGGCUUCAAUCCAGGCUAUAACGGAGUCGGGCCUCACACCAAUACACGUGGCUGCAUUUAUGGGCCACUUGAACAUAGUCCUCCUUCUGCUGCAGAACGGAGCCUCUCCCGAUGUCACUAACAUUCGUGGAGAAACUGCACUGCACAUGGCAGCACGUGCCGGGCAGGUGGAAGUAGUUCGUUGUCUCCUAAGAAACGGGGCCCUGGUUGAUGCCCGAGCCAGGGAAGAACAGACUCCACUGCACAUUGCCUCUCGCUUGGGUAAAACAGAGAUCGUCCAGCUUCUGCUACAGCACAUGGCCCACCCUGAUGCUGCAACAACCAAUGGAUACACACCACUGCACAUCUCUGCCAGAGAGGGACAAGUUGAUGUUGCAUCAGUACUCCUAGAGGCAGGUGCCUCACACUCCAUGUCCACUAAAAAGGGAUUCACACCUUUGCACGUGGCAGCCAAAUACGGGAGCCUGGAAGUGGCAAAGCUCCUCCUGCAGCGUCGAGCCUCUCCUGAUUCAGCUGGCAAGAACGGCCUCACGCCCCUGCACGUGGCGGCCCAUUACGACAACCAGAAGGUGGCGCUGCUGCUGCUGGAGAAGGGCGCCUCGCCCCACGCGACCGCCAAGAACGGAUACACCCCUCUGCACAUUGCUGCCAAGAAAAAUCAGAUGCAGAUAGCUACCACGCUGUUGAACUAUGGGGCUGAGACCAACAUUUUGACCAAACAGGGAGUGACGCCACUUCAUUUAGCCUCCCAAGAAGGUCACACAGACAUGGUGACCUUGCUUUUGGAGAAAGGAUCCAACAUCCAUGUGGCAACAAAGACUGGACUGACAUCCUUACACCUUGCAGCUCAAGAGGAUAAAGUGAAUGUCGCUGAAAUACUCACAAAACAUGGUGCAAACCAAGAUGCUCAGACAAAGCUUGGUUAUACACCUUUAAUUGUGGCAUGUCACUAUGGAAACAUCAAAAUGGUGAAUUUUCUUCUCAAGCAGGGAGCAAAUGUCAAUGCUAAAACAAAGAAUGGGUACACCCCUCUCCACCAAGCUGCUCAACAAGGCCACACUCACAUCAUUAAUGUCCUUCUCCAACAUGGAGCUAAGCCCAAUGCCAUCACCACUAAUGGUAACACUGCCUUAGCUAUUGCUAGGCGUCUGGGAUAUAUCUCAGUGGUCGAUACGCUGAAGGUUGUAACGGAGGAGAUUACUACCACCACAACUACUGUUACAGAGAAGCACAAGCUAAAUGUACCUGAAACAAUGUCUGAGGUCCUGGAUGUUUCAGAUGAAGAAGGUGAUGAUACAAUGACAGGAGAUGGAGGAGAGUACCUUAGGCCAGAAGACCUCAAAGAACUAGGAGAUGACUCUUUACCAAGCAGCCAGUUCUUAGAUGGUAUGAACUACCUGAGGUACAGCUUGGAAGGAGGGCGGUCUGACAGCACCAUGCCCAGCCUGCGAUCCUUCAGUUCAGACAGGUCUCACACACUGAGCCAUGCCUCCUACCUGAGGGACAGUGCCAUGAUCGACGACACUGUUGUAAUCCCCAGCCAACAGGUAACAACUCUGGCCAAAGAAGCAGAAAGGAAUUCAUAUCGCUUAAGCUGGGGGCCUGAAAACUUGGACAAUGUGGCUCUUUCUUCUAGCCCUAUUCAUUCAGGCUGUCUGUCUGCAAAAAAGGAGACUGGAUCCUUACUAACAAGCUUCCUGGUUAGUUUCAUGGUGGAUGCUCGUGGGGGUGCCAUGAGAGGCUGCAGACAUAAUGGACUGCGAAUUAUUAUUCCCCCACGGAAAUGCACUGCUCCAACACGAGUGACUUGCCGGUUGGUGAAACGUCACAGACUGGCCACCAUGCCUCCCAUGGUGGAAGGUGAAGGCCUGGCCAGCCGUCUGAUCGAAGUGGGACCGUCUGGGGCCCAGUUUCUUGGGCCUGUGAUUGUGGAGAUUCCCCAUUUUGCUGCUCUGCGUGGGAAAGAGAGAGAGCUGGUGAUCCUGCGCAGUGAGAACGGGGACAGCUGGAAGGAACAUUUCUGUGAAUACACUGAGGAUGAACUAAAUGAAAUCUUGAAUGGGAUGGAUGAAGUACUCGACACACCAGAGGAGCUUGAGAAGAAACGUAUCUGCCGCAUCAUCACUCGUGAUUUCCCUCAGUACUUUGCAGUAGUCUCCCGGAUCAAACAGGACAGCAACCUUAUUGGACCUGAGGGAGGUGUGCUGAGCAGCACUGUUGUACCACAAGUGCAGGCAGUCUUCCCAGAAGGGGCUUUAACCAAACGAAUUCGUGUUGGCCUCCAGGCUCAACCUAUGCAUACUGAACUUAUAAAGAAGAUUUUGGGCAACAAGGCUACGUUCAGUCCUAUAGUCACACUGGAGCCCAGGAGGAGGAAGUUCCAUAAACCCAUCACGAUGACAAUUCCUGUCCCCAAGGCCUCCAGUGAUGGGAUCAUGAAUGGUUAUGGAGGUGACACACCCACUUUAAGGUUACUAUGCAGCAUAACAGGAGGAACCACCCCUGCCCAAUGGGAAGACAUCACUGGAACAACACCAUUGACGUUUGUUAAUGAAUGUGUUUCCUUCACAACGAAUGUGUCUGCCAGAUUUUGGUUAAUAGACUGCCGACAGACACAAGAAUCUGUUACUUUUGCUUCUCAAGUGUAUAGAGAGAUUAUCUGUGUCCCCUACAUGGCCAAAUUUGUGGUGUUUGCCAAAUCACAUGAUCCCAUUGAAGCACGAUUAAGAUGCUUUUGCAUGACAGAUGACAAGGUGGAUAAAACUCUAGAACAACAAGAAAAUUUUGCUGAAGUUGCCAGAAGCAGGGAUGUCGAGGUAUUAGAAGGCAAACCCAUCUAUGUUGACUGUUUUGGCAAUUUGGUGCCACUAACUAAGAGCGGACAACAUCAUAUAUUCAGUUUUUUUGCCUUCAAAGAAAAUAGACUGCCACUAUUUGUUAAGGUGCGAGAUACCACUCAAGAACCCUGCGGACGAUUGUCAUUCAUGAAGGAGCCAAAAUCAACAAGAGGUCUUGUUCAUCAAGCCAUAUGUAAUUUAAACAUCACGUUACCUGUUUACACAAAGGAAUCAGAAUCUGAUCAAGAACAAGAAGAAGAGGUUGAUAUGACUUCAGAAAAAAAUGAUGAGACAGAAUCUACAGAAACAUCUAUCCUGAAAAGCCAUCUGGUUAAUGAAGUCCCUGUACUAGCCAGUCCAGACUUAUUGUCUGAAGUUUCUGAGAUGAAACAAGAUUUGAUCAAAAUGACUGCCAUCUUGACAACUGACCCUUCUGAUAAAUCAGGCUCUAUUAAAGUGAAAGAUCUUGGAAAACCCACUGAAGAAGAGCCAGGAGAGCCUUUUGAAAUAGUUGAAAGGGUGAAAGAAGAUUUAGAAAAAGUGAAUGAAAUUCUAAGAAGUGGAUCAUAUACCAGAGAAGAACAUGCUUUGCAGAAGUCUCUUUCCAGACAAGAAUUUGUAGAAGAAGAAUGGGUCAUUGUCAGUGAUGAAGAAAUUGAAGAAGCCAGAAGAAAUGCUCCUGUAGAAGUCACUGAACCUAUCUGUGUAGAAGUUAGAAUAGACAAAGAGACAACACAGAUGGAGAAGAAAGACAUGACAGGAAUGGUAGAUUACCUUACUGAGGAUUUAAAAAAAUAUGUUUCUCUUCAUGAGGUACAGCCACAAGCUUUACAAGAAGACAUAGUAGAAGAGAGAUUUGAAGCUGUAGUAAUAAGCAGAGAUUCUGAAAAAGAGGGACGAGAGUCUCCAACAACUGAAACACUAAGUCCACAAGAACAACAUAAGCCAGCCUUAGAAAUUAAAAAGCCAGUUAGAACGAAGUUAAGAGACAAGCACAAGCAAAAGGAAGGCAAGAUGCACAGCAGUGAACAACAACCAGGACUAAUGAAGAUCAGUUCAGAUGAGUCACUAAAUGAGGAACAUGGCUUAACACCAGCAGCUGCUCCUGAGGCUAAAGCUGUAUCCCCUGUCAUAGAGGAAACUCCUAUUGGCUCAAUAAAAGAUAAGGUUAAAGCUCUUCAGAAACGAGUGGAAGAUGAACAAAAAAUACGUUCUAAACUACCUGUCAGAAUUCAAACAAGAGAAGCCACUGCUGAAAAGGCUUCUAAAAAACCAGUACCAGUCAAAAAACCAGUUGCACACAAAGCACAGCCUCCUGUUUCACCUUCUUCUAAGACAGAAAGACUUGAAGAGACCAUGUCAGUUCGUGAGCUGAUGAAAGCGUUCCAGUCAGGUCAAGACCCAUCCAAGAACGUAUCUGGACUGUUUGAGCACAAGUCUGUCAAACAAAAGCAACAACCCCCAGAGAAGGAAACAACACGGAGAAAAACGAUUUCUUCAGUAAGUGAAACAAAGCGAGUAUCAAGCCACAAGGCAGACAAACAGAAGGACAAGCAAAGCACAGUAUUAAAAGUAGAGAAAGAGCCACAGCCAAAGAAAGGAAGAAUGCAAAUGUCCACUGUUGAAACUAUCAAGAAAACUGUAGGCAAAGACCAAGUAAAACAGCAGAGCAGCAAAAAAACAACAGCUGAACCUCCACCUCCAGUAGUUGCUGAUGAAAGUAUCAAAGAUUCAGCAGUUGUAAAGGUCAAGACUUCCGAUGACCAAGGCGAUACAGACUUUCAGAUCAGCCCUGACAGGAAAACCUCAACAGACUUUUCCGAUGUCAUUAAAGAAGAACUUGAGGAUAAUGACAAAUACCAACAAUUCCGACAUCUUUCAGUGACAGAGGAAGGCGAGCUUAACUUGGAGCAAGUACUGACCAGUCCUUUUAGUGUUGCUUUCCCUGCUGAGUAUGUAAAAGAUGGAUUCCUUCCUGCUCUUUCUCUGCAAAGUGCCGCUUUUGAUGGGAGCUCAGAGAGCCUUAAACAUGAAGGUGUGGCUGAUUCUCCAGGUAGCCUGCUUGAUGGAACUCCUCAGAUAAGUUCUGAGGAAAGUUAUAAACAUGAGGGUCUGGCAGAAACUCCAGAAACAAGCCCUGAAAGCCUUUCUUUCUCACCAAAGAAAACUGAUGGGCAAAUUGAAGAAGCUAAAGGAAAAGCUAGAGUACACACAACAGCAGAAACAUGUUCUCCGAAGGAACUCUCACCAAAGGAAGAUGAAAAAGAUCAACAGGAUGAUCGGGAACGGAUCGAGGAAAGACUGGCCCACAUUGCUGAUCACCUUGGAUUCAGUUGGACAGAGUUAGCAAGAGAACUGGAUUUCACAGAAGAGCAAAUUCAUCAAAUCAGGAUUGAAAAUCCUAAUUCACUUCAAGACCAGAGCCAUGCACUCCUCAAAUACUGGCUUGAAAGGGAUGGGAAACAUGCAACAGAUACAAGUCUUACUCAAUGUCUUACAAAAAUCAACCGAAUGGAUAUCGUUCACCUAAUGGAGACCAGUGGCAUUGACUCCAUGCAGGUCCACGGCACUCGCACAUAUGCAGAAAUUGAACAAACAAUAGGAUUGGACCAUAGUGAAGGGUUUUCUGUACUGCAAGAAGAACUGUACAGUUCAAGACAUAAGCCAGAAGAACAACACAGAAUAUCUAAAGACAGUGACCCAGCGGAACACCCUCCCAUUGUUUCUGAGGAAGAUGUAUCUGUCAGUUAUUCCCCUUUUCAGGACAGUACUCCUAGGAGUGAGGCAGAACUAUCAAUGGCUGAGCUCCUAAGGCAAACACAUAAGGAACAAGUGGAAGCUGAAGUCUCAGGGAAACCCCAAGAUGUGGUAGAAACAACAUCUGCUUCACAACGUGAAUAUUUUGUCACAACUCCAGGAACAGAGCCGUCUGCAGCAAGUGAAACAUCUGCACGCUCCAGUGCAACAACUGAAGAGAGAGAAAAAACAUCCCCACAGCCCCCAUCAUCUGCUCAAGGAGGUGGUUCUCCCAUCAUCCAAGAGCCUGACGAGCUCCAUCUCCAUCAGGAUGACCUCUCUCCAAGGAGAACUAGUCUAGUGAUAGUGGAGUCAACUGAUGAACAACCAGAAAAGCUUGGAAGUGGCUCUGAGGAGGAAUCUUUAGAAAAGGAGUUAGCAGAGGAGUUAGGUGAGCUGGAAACCAGCUCGGAUGAGGACGAGAUGGUAACUACCAGGGUCAUUCGUCGCCGGGUGAUUAUUCAGGCCGAUAGUAUGCCUGAAAUGCCACCAGAAACAGUCACAGAAGAGCAAUAUACAGAUGAGCAUGGCCACACAGUGGUAAAGAAGGUCACUAGAAAGAUCAUCCGGCGAUACGUUUCUCCAGAUGGCACAGAGAAAGAAGACAUCAUUAUGCAAGGAACACCACAAAAACCUGUCACAGUUGAAGAAGGAGAUGGCUAUUCCAAAGUUGUAAAAAGAGUUGUGCUGAAGAGCGACAGUGAACAGUCAGAGGUGACUUUGUCUGAACCUGGUGUUUUACCCAGUGCCUCCAAUUUCCAGUCUGAGCCAGUGGAAGGCCGCAAGGUCAGCAAAGUCAUUAAGACUACUGUAGUGCAAGGAGAGAGAAUGGAGAAACAGCUGGGGGAUGCUAGCUUAGCUACUGAUCUUCCGUCAGCCAAAGAGGACUUUGAAGAGGACAACACUGAGUAAAGCCAGCACACAGAAGAGGACUGUGAUGAAGGAUCGGUACGGAAAACAUGUUCACAUAGAAGAGCUGGAUGACACACCAGAAGCACUACCACACGAUGACCUCCAACAUGACCUCCAGCAGCUUCUUAGACACUUCUGCAAAGAGGACUGGAAACAGGAUGCAAAAUAAGAAGCUGUCACCCCUCAACAACAACAUGUCCAUCCAGUGUGCAGCAUUCAUCUUUUCUAGGUGUACACAUUAUGACCUACAUAAUCACUGGAAGACACUGCCAUUUCUACUUGUGCAGAUGCAAUGAAUUCAUUCUUUCCCCUGUAUUUGAUUUUGGGUUUUUGUUAUUUUUUACCCUGUAAGCUAAUUUGUGACCAAAGAUAGCAUCCUUCAUUCAGGAUGAUUUAUCCACCGAAUUGUCGUCUUUGUGCUGUACUGGGACCUUGUCAGCAUCGCCACUUUUUGCUGGUCCUUUGCUUCUGCACUAGCUUCAUGGAACUGCAUUUGUCAAGCAAACUUCAUCUACAGGCCUCUUCAAGUGACUAUGUACAGGCAUCGUGAAAAAAAGGGAGUUAACAUGUAAACUGUAUAUAGCAAGAGUAUUUGGACUUACUUAGAAGACUGCAGAAAACACACUGCCUAUGAAUACCAUUAGCAUCGUGGAUUACAAGGUUUGUUGACACUGGUGAACAACAGUAAAUAAAAUAACAUUAAUACGAUCAACUGCAAACACAGACUGACUGAGGAGGAAGCACUGCAGAAACACUGCAUCCAUAAGACUUCCAGUUUAGGGAUCUAUUGUUAUAGUUAAAGGCUCUAAGAGUCAGGCUGAAAACCUGGAAACUCAGCUGUUCUCAUGAAGUAAGAGCUGACUGUGGCCAUCAGUACUUUUAAGACCUUUGGACAGCCACUUCAAGAUUUCCAGAAAAGAAAAAAAAUCAUUGAAAAUAUCCAGUUAGGUAACCAACUUGCUAGCAGCUAUAUCUAUGGCACAUUUGCAUAUGGUAUUAAAAUCUUUUAGAUCUGGACAUGUGGCAGGGUGUAUUAAACAAUUAUAACUACAGUAGUUUCCUCUUUUCAUCACUGCUUUAGCAAAUCACACUGUCCUGCUGGCCACUGCACUGUAGAUAACUAUGGGAGAAAACCUUAAACAUUAUACGAAAAGAAUACUUAAUUCACCAUGUUUUAAUCAAGAUUGCCUCUUAUCUGAUACAUGCAUGUGGCAUUUGAAGGUCAAAACCAAACCCUCCUGUAAUCAUGUCAACCUACAAUAGCCCUCUAAGCACUGAGCGAGCAGUUUUUAUCUUCCAAUCAAGCGUUUUUUAAAGAGAAAGUGCUCACUAUCCUUGAAAGCCAGUUUCCGUUCAUAUUUUGUUACCUCUCUAUAUAUGAUAUAUAUAUUUCUAAAUCAACCCUCUGAAAAUCAUGAUAGCAUGUAUGCACUUUUAUUUUUCAAAAGGGAACAUAAAGAUCUGACAUUUUUGGUAUUCUAUACCGUAAUAUUUAGAGGUGAGCACUCCACAGCAUUUCAGAAUAUAUUACACAUGCAAACACACUAAGGGUUUUUAAACAGCUGUUUGAUUUUUUUAAUAGCACACUCAAGAACAGAUUAAAAACAAAUCCUCUCCUCAAUGAGUAAUGCUUUUUCCAAGCUUACCUGGCCUUCUACAAUUAUAGUUUAUUGGAGUUUAUGACUCACUCAGUGCUCAGAACAAGGAUGGGCACGUCUCAUUAAAGUAAUGAUGCCAAAAGCAUGAACACGUCUUGGGAGCUCAGGCUUCCUGCAGGCAAAGCAACCCAAGGUGCCAUGCUAACACUUCUUUUGGCAGGCAGGCAGGCAAAAGUGUUUUGGCAGCCAAAAUGAAUGAGACCCUUGAUGAAACAUUUCAUAAUACAUCAAUGGCUUUCUUAUUGUCAAAGCACAGGAUGAUCUUCAAGAAUGGGGCUCUAAAGAAAUGCAUUUCUGUUGUGUUAUUUGCGGUGCAGAUGAUGUUCUGUGUAACAACAUAAUGGUUAUUCACCUCUUAUUUUGAUUUUUUUUGCUGUGUUAUCAAAGAACUUGAAUACUGUGAGAAGAAGUGAAUUUUAAGUUGAUGAAUCAGCAUCUUGUUCCCAUGGUGAUAACACUAAUUGAAUAUAUCUAUGAGGGCAUGUAUUAGUUAAAAAUUAAAAAAAAAAUACAACACUAACAAUACAUAGCUGCAAUGUGUACAAUGGCUGAUUUAACUAAAUAAAAAUGUACAAGUGUUAAAUGUA